ACCAAGCACUUUCAUCACACUUGAUAGCAGAGGGGGGGGGGCAGCAGGGCAGAGAAUGCUGAUUGUUUCUGUAGUUUGAGCUGCACUGCCGGUGCCAGUUGGAGGUUUCCUUCUGAGGUUGAGGAGAGGGUGGUUUUCCUUCUUCUGUGUGGAGGACCUUCUGAGGAUGCCUUUUAAGAGAGCAAGAAAGACAAGGCUAAAUACUUUCCCCUAACUUAUUCAACCCAGGUACAGAAUGGAGAUUGAGGGGAGCUGGACCAGAGCAAGAUUAGCAUGAUUUAAAACUGGAGCAAGAGAGAUUGAUAACCUGCAUGAUGCUGUUAUUUUGAUGGCUGAAACCAUCAAGCGAUCACGGUUUACUCUGCACGGAGCAGAGUAAAAAUGGGACCGAGACACAACAUAUGGCAACAGCCUUAGAACUGACUGUGAAGAUACUGCAGGGGUGAUUGUGAAGGAAGCAGGCAGCCAAGGAAUUUGCUGCAGACGAGAACGUGGUAGGAAAACCCUGAAGGAAUUGGAGAAGAUUCUCAGCUAUCAUGAUUGCCUUUACCUACAAACAUCAUGAAGGCCUGCAAGGAGGGGCUUGGGAAACGACUGGAUCCACUCAAUCCAAAGAUCAGAAUUGGGCAAAUCGUGGUAUUCCCUGGGACCCUCUAUGGAAGCACAAGUUGGACUUUGAAGAAGCAGGAGAGGAGAAGCACGGAUACCUUUGAACGUUGGUGUUGGAGAAGGUUUUGGAGAAUAUGGUGGACAGCCAAAUAAACCAACGAAUGGAUCCUGGAACAAAUCAAUCCCGGGUUCUGAUUUGAGGCACAAAUAUUCAGGCUUAAAUUGCCAUAGUUGAGGAGACCCAUUUUGCAAAGACCCAGCUCUCCGGAGAGGGCUCUGAGGCUGGGAGAGGUGGAAGGAAGGAGAAGGAGGGCCAGCAGCCCAGGGGACAGAUGAUGGAAGCCCCGUGGGGAGACUGGAGGACCAGGGAGGGAUGUGGUUUGGGCAAGGUCGAUGUGGUCACUGACGAUGGUGCCGCAGAACCAAGCGAUUCUCCUCCCAGAACCUCUGGCUCAUCUGCCCUUGAGGCUGCAAAGAUGUGUCAUUCACUGGGGGGAAGCCAAGUGCUCGUGUCUCGCUGGGCCGGGAAAGUCCGCAGAGGCAGCCAGCUCGGUCCCUAGAGACGGAGCUUUGGGGUGCUGCACAGGGCUAGAGUUGCGGGAAUUUGGGGCUGGGCUUGGCCGGCUGCUCCCCACCCACCAGAGAGCUACUUCUGCUUUGUGCUGUCCCAGGAGAGCAUUGAAUAGACUCUGCCCAUUGUUUGUGCCUCUGCAGUUCCUUGUUCUGCUGCUCCAGGGCUGCCCUGCGUGCAGCCUGAUGGCUGGGGACCUCACCUAUGCUGACCUGCGGUUUGCAAGAAGCCCUCCAGAGAAAAGCCAUGGGGAAGAGCCCAAUGAUGGGGAGCUCACCUAUGAGAACUUCCAGGUACCCCGGGGCCUGGAGAAAGAGGCGGCAGAGUGUGGCCCCCUGAAGAAUACCCCAGAACUGCCAUGCUGGGCCACCUCCUGUCACCGCUGGAGACCAGUGACAAACCGCCCAAUGCUGGGAGCCCUGGCUCUGUGCCUCUUCCUUCUGGCCACCAACAUCACGCUUGGCGUCCAGUACUUGCAGGCCUCCCGGCAGCUCCAGCAAGCAUCUCGCGACCAUGCAGCCAAGAGCCACAUCCUGGGAGAAAGAACCCACCACCUUCAAGCCGGCCUGGAGGAGAGCUGGCACCUGCUGCGCCUGACCGAGCAGGAGCUCAACUCCACCAAGAAGGAGCUCAACUCCACCAAGGUGGCCCUUUGGCAGAGCCAGGCGGCCGAGAACCAGACCCGGUGGAAGCUGCAGCGCCAGGAACUGCUGCUGGGCCAGGCCAAUAGCAGCCUGGCUCUCCUGCAGAGGGAGAAGGCGAGCCUGGAGACCCACCUCAGCCAGGCCACCUCCUGCCGGCAGAUUGGGUGCUGCCCUCGUGGAUGGACGCUGUUCCGCUGGAAGUGCCUGUGGGCAUCGAGCGAGCGGAAGACGUGGAGUGAGAGCAAGUUGGACUGCGAGCGGAAGUCCUCGCGGCUGCUGGUCCUCCCGAAGCCCUGGUCGGCCCGAGAGCUCUGGGAGGCUGUGGGCGAAGCGUUCACACAGGUGUUGAGUUCCUGGGAUUCCGAGUGGUUCUGGGUCGGACUUCUGAAAGACAGAACUGGACUUUCAGACUGGACCUGGAAGUGGGUGGAUGGUUCCCCCUACAAAGGAAGUGAAACUCUAUCUAGUAGCUACUUCAGCUACCAAAGCUACUAUGCAAUGAUUCACAAAGGACAACUAUCCUCAGAGGGAUCAUCAUCUUCGAGUUACAGAUUCAUCUGCGAGAGGGCAGCCAGUCCUGAGGACCACCCACUGAGCAAUGGGCUGUGGAGGGACUUUUGAGAGACUCUGCAUCUCUUUGGACUGCAAACGGCCUGAUGUGGGAGAACAAACUGGAACUGAUCAUUCAGAGCUGCAGCUGAUGCUGGCCACCAGCUCCAGGGCUAGGAUGAAGCCAUCUUCCCAAGAAGUAGAUGCCUCCACUAAGGAAGCGGGUGACAGCUGGGAUCUUCCUCCUCCAGAACUGACCAUGGGUGGACAGCGGAGGCAUCCGCAGGGGCUGCUAACCACAAUGAAAUGGUGGGCAUCACCAGGGGGUCAAAGUCCCAGCCCUUUUUAUGUGCUCGGGAGCAUGCAACGUGCAUUGCAGUCCUGCUCAUGCUCACCAUUUUGACACAUGGUUCGUGGCCCUUGUAGGCAGCCCUUGAAGAGCAGCGCAAGGGAAGCUUUUCUCAGCUUUACCCCAAGGAGGAAAACGCAAAGGCCGGCUGCACCUGGGCCAAAUUGCAGGGGCCCCUCAGGAGGCCAUUCUUGUAAGCCUCCAGAGCCUGCGAAUCCAAUAAAUCUGUCCAACAAGGA